AGAAUUUCGGAAGAGAUUGAAAGGAAAACACACGGCGAUAUCAGAAAACACCGCAUUUGCUAAAUCGCUACUGUUAAUCAUAUUUUGCUGUCAAAUGUUUUUAAUUGACAUUUUUUGAUUGUCGCUAUUGGCCAGUGUAGAGAUUUGUGCAAAAGUUUUUUAUAAUUGGUAAUCGCAUGCUACCUGGCAUAAUAAUAUAGUGGCUUGUGUAGUGAUUGAUGGUAGCAAAGAAACAUUGAUAUUUCAAGUGCCGGUGCGAUGCGUAAAACUCGUUCUCAAACUCAGGCGGAGGCCGCAAUGGCAAAUGCCGGACGUACACCUUCCACAUCCAAUUCACCAUCCAUUGUUUCAUCGACGGAGAACAGUGGAGCACAAAACAUGAGCACGAGUAAUCGCAUGCCUCAAAAUAUCCAGAUUGCUGCCGUAAGUGCACAAAAGCGUAUUGUGCAACAAACGGAGCAUUUCAAAAUCAAGGAAUGUGAGGAAAUGAUAAAUUUGCUUCGCGUAGUAGAGCUGCAACAGAUACUAUCAUUUUUGAAUAUUUCGUUUGCUGGGCGUAAAAUUGACUUACAACGGCGCAUCAUUAAUCUAUUACAUACAAACUACGACUUACUGUCUCAUAAAAUACGUGAAGUUUACACACAAUCAAUAGCGGAGCAGCAAGCUCAGCAGUACGGGCCAACAGAUCCAAAAAGAAUGUAUUCACACAUGCAAAUGCCACAAGUGCAGCCCAAUCCAGCAGCUGGUCUGCCUAAUGCCGGUCAACCAACAGCUGUUGGUGCCCAACCAAUCGCCGGUGUACCGCCGACUGGGCCCGGCGUUGCCAACAAUAUGGUACCGUUUAUGAAUCCCAUACCCACACAUAUACCGAUACAUCCAGACGUACGUCUUAAGAAACUAGCUUUUUAUGAUGUACUGGGUGUGCUGAUUAAGCCUUCAUCACUUGUGCCGCGCAAUACACAGCGUAUACAAGAGGUGCCCUUCUACUUUACAUUGACACCACAACAGGCCACAGAGAUUGCAUCAAAUCGUGACAUACGAAACAGUAAUAAGAUUGAGCAUGCCAUACAGGUUCAGCUACGUUUCUGCUUAUUAGAAACAUCAUGCGAACAAGAGGACUGUUUCCCGCCCAGUGUCAGUGUAAAGGUCAACAACAAGUUGUGCCAACUGCCCAAUGUCAUUCCAACAAACAGACCGAAUGUGGAACCAAAACGACCACCACGGCCCGUCAAUGUUACAGCAAAUGUAAAGCUUUCGCCUACGGUUACCAACACAAUCACAGUACAAUGGUGCCCGGAUUAUACGCGUGGCUAUUGCAUUGCCGUAUACUUGGUGAAGAAGCUAACUUCAGCGCAAUUAUUGCAUCGCAUGAAGACCAAGGGCGUCAAACCAGCCGACUACACGCGCGGUUUAAUUAAAGAGAAACUCACUGAAGAUGCAGAUUGCGAAAUCGCUACAACAAUGCUUAAAGUUUCGCUGAAUUGUCCGUUGGGCAAGAUGAAAAUGUCCAUACCAUGCCGUGCAUCGACUUGCUCGCAUUUACAAUGUUUUGAUGCUAGUCUUUACCUGCAGAUGAACGAGCGUAAGCCUACAUGGAAUUGUCCAGUGUGCGAUAAGGCAGCUAUUUACGAUAAUCUGGUCAUUGAUGGCUACUUUCAAGAGGUGCUUGCCUCAUCGCUACUUAAACCCGACGAUACGGAGAUACAAUUACAUAAAGACGGCUCAUGGAGCACACAUAGUUUACGUAAUGAGGCUCAAAUAAUCGAUACGCCGACAAAGCCGGUUGAAAAAGUCGAAGUCAUUUCGGAUGAUAUCGAAGUCAUUACCACAGAGGAUGUGAAAAUGGUUAAAGCUGGCGCACCACCUGCCAUUGCUAAUGACCAGCCCACAUCAACGACAAACAGUGAAACGGUGGAUUUAACGCUCAGCGAUUCUGAUGACGAUAUGCCGCUGGCCAAGCGGCGUCCCACCAUUAAGCAAACUUCUGCCGCUAGUGCUACAAAUUCGGCGGUGUCCACAUCUAACAUUAACGGCAGCGGCAAUGGCAAUGCUGCUGGUAACGGCGGUCCCAAUGCCAGUCAGCGUAAUGCUUUUCAACCGCCACGAACUGGCUUAAACGUUUUGGCAGUUUUAAAUGCUUUGACUCGAGCAACGGAAAGUAUGCUCCCGACACAAUUUGUGCAGGAAAAUUCAACCGUUGAUAUCGUUUGUAAUGGCAACGCUGCCGGACUACAGAAGAGAAAGACAUCGGCGGAUUGUCCGAAAGAAAGUGGUGCACCAAAAAGAGUACGAACAGAAAAAUGUGAAUCCAUCGAAUCAACAAUUGUGGCGCCGAUCACAGCUACGGGCGAGUUGUCUGCUAUUACCAAUGUACCGAAGGCUAUCAAUGCACCAGUGAAAACUGCGACUGCUACAACGAAUUCCAAAAAACUGAAAGAAACUGAAGAUUGCGCAAAAGCCCUUAGAGAGCGCAGAAAAGCUCUGAGGGAAAAGAUGUUGGCAACUGUGCAGAAGCUUGAAAAUGUUAGUAGUACUACUAAUUCGACAAAGUCAACAAUUAAGAGCAAAUUGAGCUCGUCAACGACUCACAUGCGAAAGAAAUGAUAUUAUAUAGGAAAAGUUACAUCAAGCAGUGCAUUAUGUUAAAUUUAAAGUUAAGCGCGUUAACUGUCUAACGCAAACGUCUUUGCAGUUGCCAAAGAAUUUCCACGUUGAGUUAAUGAAGUUCAUACAUUUGUAUGUAGUAAACACAAAUGUUAAUUGAAGAACUAGUGCUAUCACUCUCUCUUAUUUUCGAAAUAUCAGGUUUGUUUCUGUAGUGCUAGUAGCUAUCAGCUAUAAAUAAGAAGAAGAAUGCGAAAAAUGUGACAAGUUACUAUCAAAAAGCGAAAUACCGAAAAAGUAAAGAAACCGCAAAUUAGCAAGAUUUUUCCAAAAGUAAUCAAUAAAUUAGUCAAUAAUUAAAUUAAUCAAUAACUUCUUUUCGCAUCUAAAAUUAACAAAAUCCAAACAAAUGCGUCAAACAUCGUUUGUUUACAAUGGGCUUUAACAGCCUUUUCUUCAAAUGAUAAUAGCUGUUUUCUUCUAGCAGAAAUUUCAUUAGUAGAAAGUUGCAGCCCUCUCUACUACUUACUACUUUCUUGAUAGCCAUUUAGAAACAAACCUAUUAUAUGUCAUAUGAAAUGUAAACACUUUCAGUGAAGUGUGAAACCGUAAAGAAAAUGAAAUAUACUCACAUAUUGUUCAUUUGUAAUGUAUUGACCGCUUUGAAACCAUUUUCCAAAUUCAAAAACAAAAAGUUUAGAUACGCACUACCCUACCGUCCAGCCUUAACACUUACAUACCAAGCUACUUUGCGUUGAUCGUAACACUUUUGUGUUUACUAUGACAUAUUUUUGAAUUUUUUCUUACAAAAUAAUUUUUGUGUGAUUUUCCGCUCAAAAAUUAUUUCAAAAACAGCAAAUACAUAGUUCAUCAAAAUUGAAUUGUUACAAAAAAUUUUUCCAUUGCAUUUGCAAAUUUCGGUACUCACGUAAAAUUCCAAACCAAAAACCAAUUCCAAAAUACUACGUUGCCGCCGCAGCAGCAUCAUCAACAUCCAACAACAACAAGCUCAGCAAACGCUUCCAAACAGCAAACAACUGCUUGUCUACACUGCCACGCCCUUCAAGUUCACCGCGCGCUUGCGAAGUUGUGUAAAGGCAGUGCGGAGCAAGAAUUCGCCACAGUGACGAACACAACCAACGCACACUCACACACUCGCCGACAAUUGCGACGCCAUGCUUUUAGAGUUCGAAAAGGUGCAGCGUUAUCAGAAGUUGAUCGAGUCGAGCGUCAUAGUGCUGAUCGGUUUGUUUAUGCAUCUGAAUCGCAUCAGCAUAAUCGAGUUGAAGUAUUCUCGUUUGCCACUGCUGACGCCCAACGUUGCUUCCAGUCUAUUUGUAUUCUCUGUGCUAUGUAUUCUCACGAAAUUGCGUCCACUUUGGCCGAGUGCAUUGCGUAAGCCGCAGCGUGCAUUGAUCUUCUUCAUUGAAUUGUCACUGAUUUUGUAUGCCAAUGAUUUUCUAUUGCGUCAAGUGUGGUUGCCUAGUUUGAAGUUGUUGAAUUUUAUUUGUCGCUUUCUCGGCCAGUAUGUGAUCGUGGCGAAUGAGUCGUUUUUGGCCAAUAAUGCGCCUACAUUGUCGUCGUGGAUACGCAAUGACGCCUUCUAUAUGGCACGUUUCCUACUCGCUGUCAUUGCUUUCGUCUUCAUGAUCGACAUAACGGGCAUAUUGGAGUUCACAUUGAAUGUUAUACGCCCUAGUGAUAGUCAUGCGAUGCGUUAUUUUUGUGGCAACAUCGAUGAUGACACAACCGAUCCGUUGGCAGCAUAUGCUUACGAUGAGGCCAUAAUGGAACUCAAUACGCCCUCAAUACCCUCAAGCGAUACGCAUAGCCUGAAUAAUAGUCUGGCCGAGUUGGAUUCUUCCAAUUUUGAUGUUAACGAUUUACCAUAUGUACCGCAAGAGGAUCUACUCAAUUUGGGACAUCGUGUUGGCGCGCGUAGGCGUCGUCAGCCGAUGCGUAAGGCGAAGCGUGGCAAAGUGCUAUUGAACGAGGCGGAAAACGAAUGCACUUGUUGAUGCUAAGCGACUGUCCGAAUUCUUGUACAAUUUUGUGGAUUAAUGAACUAAUGUCUUCUUUUUGUAUAACUGUUUAGUUGUAUGUAUAUUUUUUACAAUGUAUGUGCAAUAUGCUUAGGCGAGUGUAUCAUCUGUAUGUUGUUGUAUGUAUGUAUGUAUUUUUCUUUUUAUAAACAAACAAAGCGGAACAUUUUGUAUAAAACUUAAUAUGAAAGGAAUAAAUUUGAAUAAUAAACCUUUA